CAUCUUUCUUGUGAAAUAAAGUAUAAGAGACGAAACAGUUGAGGCUUGUAGGAGAAGGGAAAAAAAGACGGGGAUUUGGCGAUCUAGGAAGAAAGGAAGGGGAGGAAACCUGCGAGAGAGAGCUGAGUUCAAGCUAGGUGUUGAAGAGAGCAGAGAGACUUAAGAGUAAAGAGGAGAGGCGAGAUAAGUGGGCGCUAGAGGGCUAUGGCUUAACAGGUGCCCCUUUCUUGCAAUUUCUACCCCAGGAGAACCUACUGAAAGCAUGUUAGAAAUCCUGCAAGAAAGAGCUUCGGAGUGCGCAGCGGGUGCAAGGUUCUGACAGGGUUAAAGCAGUCACCUGCAGUCGAAGUGAGACUCAGAUGGGAAGUAGGAAGUGCUGCGCUGGAGCUUCCUGUAUAAAUAAAUGCAGUUCUCCCCCCCCCCCCCCAAGCUCCUGCUUGCUAGCCGGAGCGCUACCCUGCUUUGCCUGUGUAAGCUGUGAUAGCAACAUGCUCUGGAGAGCUGGGAGGAGAUUGUCCUACACUGUCCCUAAAGGUCUGGGAAGACGAGUCCUGUUGCAAUCCUGAAAAGUGUAUAGCUGUCAGCAGCUGCACAAGGGGAAAGCUCCCGGUGAGAGCAAUGAAACAGUUUCUCCUCUCCAGUCUCUGAGCAGCCUGGAGUAGUUUGUGAGAUUAUGAACCUCCUCUCCUGCCCUGAGCAGUGAGUGUGGGUCUGUCGGAAAGUCAGACAGCUCCUGGGAGGCGACCAACCUCUUGGUGCAAGUUUUUUAGGGUGUGGGUGAGAGAGGCUAAAGGAAACCCGCCAGUCUUCACACCGGAGCCGGCCAAUCACAAGAUCUAGCUUUCUUUGGAUUAAGAAGACCCAAGAAGUGUCCAGACAUACUGAUGGGCUCUGUUGGUGAACUCUGCUAUCACACUAUGACAAUGGAAAAGCCAGCAACUGGAGAACUAGCCUUGGACCCUUUGGUCACUUGCAAGCUCUGUCUUUGUGAAUAUUCUCUGGACAAGAUGACCACUCUUCAGGAAUGUCAAUGCAUCUUUUGUACAUCGUGCCUGAAACAGUACAUGCAGCUGGCGAUUCGAGAAGGAUGUGGGUCUCCCAUCACUUGCCCUGACAUGGUGUGCUUAAAUCGUGGUACCCUACAAGAAUCAGAGAUUGCUUCCUUGGUGUCAGCAGAUCAGUUUCAGCUCUACCAACGGUUGAAGUUUGAACGAGAAGUCCAUUUGGACCCUUGCCGGACAUGGUGCCCUGUUGCUGAUUGCCAGACUGUGUGCCAUAUUGAACAGAAUAAUUCAGGACAGCCCACAAAGGUUGAAUGUCCUUCCUGUCAUCUGACCUUCUGCUCAUGUUGCAAAGAUACUUGGCAUGCUGAUCGCUCUUGUCGGGAAAGCCAGCCUGUUGUCAUCUUGCCAACAGAACAUGGGGCCCUCAUUGGGAUGGAUGCAGAAGCCCCCAUUAAGCAGUGCCCCGUUUGCCGGGUCUAUAUUGAACGGAAUGAAGGCUGUGCUCAGAUGAUGUGUAAGAAUUGUAAGCACACAUUCUGCUGGUACUGUCUCCAGAAUCUUGAUAAUGACAUUUUCCUCAGACAUUAUGAUAAAGGGCCCUGUCGGAACAAACUGGGUCACUCCCGAGCCUCUGUGAUGUGGAACCGAACACAGGUUGUAGGGAUUCUUGUGGGAUUGGGCAUCAUAGCCUUGGUGACCUCGCCUCUGCUGCUGCUGGCCUCCCCCUGUAUCAUCUGCUGUGUUUGCAAGUCUUGUCGGGGCAAGAAGAAAAAACAUGACCCACCAACUACCUAAAAUCCUGCACCUUGUGGGCAUGUAUGUACAGGAUAUGUGAGGUAUCCUGAGUGACGAUCUGGUUAUGGUGCCCUCUUUAGCAGACUCAUCUCCUUAUCCUUGCCACCUUUUGGAAGUGCCUCUUGUCUACAGGCUUUGAACUUGCUUGCAAGUCUUCAGCAUGGGGGAAAGGCUUUGUGUUGCUGUUUGAAGAAGGCCUGGUUGCGAAGCCUGGGCUAUGAAUGUGGAAUAUGUCUGGAAACUUUGGGGUUGAAUGGGAAGGACCAGCAUCAUUUUGUCAUGUGAAGCUCCGUCAUUUCUGGACUGUUCAUUUGCAGCCAAGGAGAAGGAGCCUGAGGAAACAUCUCAUGUUACAACAAACUGUGUUGCCGUGAUUAUUACAUGUUUGAUGGGAGUGGUGGGGGAGACUUAUCUGAAGCUCCAUGAUUCCUUGACUGGGCAGAAGAAGGAGCCUGAGGAAACAUCUCCUGUUACAACAGAUUGUGUUGCUGUGGUUAUUAUAUGUGUGACAGGAAUGGUGGGGGAGAGAGAUGGAAAACGCUGUCUUGGCUAGAUAUAUUUAUUUUCCUACCAUGAUAGAGUAGAAAGGGCAGGCACAAAAUCUUGUGUGUGUGUGUGUGUGUGUGUGUGUGUGUGUGUGAGAGAGAGAGAGAGAGAGAGAG